AUGCACAGUAUCGGACGUGACUCUGCGAACGACAUACGCCUUGCGGGGCCUCGAAUCAGCAAUCUUCACUCUUCGAUAUCUCGAGAUGAGCGCGAUGGUGACAAGGCCCUCAUCUGGGCGCAUGAUCAUUCGCUCAACGGUACUUGGGUGAACGGCUCUCUCAUAGGCAAGGAGAAGACGCGUGUCUUGCACGAUGGCGACGUUAUCGCGUACGCAACACCGGUGGAACAAGAGGAAACCGAGCAUGAUUAUCGAUAUCUACUUCGCCUCCAGUACAACUCGGAGACUGGCUUCUAUGCGCGCUACGACCUGAUCCACGAACUCGGUCAUGGCGCCUUCGCCACGGUCAUGAAGGCUGUCUGUCGCAGUACUGGCCGACAGUACGCUGUCAAGAUUAUUCGCCGUGAGAUGGGAGAGUGUCACGAGUCUCUUGCACGCGAGAUCGCCAUCCACAGCACGCUUCGACACAGCAAUCUCUGCUCCCUUCAUGAAUACUAUCUUCCUCGUGACGGAGACGGCAGCAUUUACUUGGUUCUUGAACUCGUAGAAGGUGGAGACCUACUGGACUACAUCGUGCAAGAAGGCGGUCUUUCCGAGGUACGGGCAAAGGACAUCACGCGACAGAUUUGCAAGGCGAUUUCGUACAUCCACGCUCAAGGUGUUGCACACUGCGACGUUAAGCCCGAGAACAUACUGCUUUCCAAGGAUAAACGAGUGGCCAAAGUCGCGGAUUUCGGCCUCGCGAUUCUCAACGGAAGACGGUACAAGUCACAUAUUAUCGCCGGCACUCCGGACUAUCUAGCCCCAGAAGUCUUCGACUGUCCUCGCGGUGCUUCGAGCCGUGGCUGCAACACACUCAGGGACAGCUGGAGUGUUGGUGUGACUGUAUUCACAAUGCACGUCUUGCUCAUCUUCCCUUUCCGCGUGCCCGUAUUCAAUCCAGUCAAUGUAAAUAGGCUCACCAGUUGUACUCCCUUCAUCAAGAAUCGCCUCGACAUACCGAUAGCCCAUCGUGUCCUUGCACGGCGUAUUGACUGGAGAUACCUGAAUGGAACAGCUACCCGUCCCGGUGUCAGCGAUGAAGGUGAUGUCUUUGCGUCGAUAUCGCUGGGGAUGAAGUAG